AUGCUCGGAGCUAAAACGCGCAUCGGAAAGUGUACCAUUCUCUUCAAUGGUAACAGCUACUGGGAAAGAGCAAUCCGGACACACGAGCGACACGAUCGAGAGCAUGGCUAUCGCUUGCAUGUUCUCCGGCAACAUCUCAUGGAUGACGUAUGGUCAAAGCCGGCGUAUAUUCUGAGCCUUCUCCUGCGUGAGCUUUCCAAACCUGAGAGCGAAAGGCUGGAGUGGUUAUUCUGGGUCGACGCAGAUACCAUCAUCCUCAAUCCAUACAUUCCAAUCGAUGUCUUUUUACCUCCCGCAGGCAGUCAGUUCGAGGAUGUCCAUCUGAUGUACUCAAACGACUGGAACGGCCUGAACAACGGAGUCUUCCCCGUGCGAGUCAACCAGUGGUCGGUGAAGCUUUUCUCUGCCAUCACCUCAUUCCGUCACUACCGCCCUGACGCAGACCUGGUUUUCAGAGAUCAAUCGGCAAUGGACAUGCUGAUGAAAGAGCCUGAAUUUGCGAACAACAUUGUGCAAGCACCUCAGCGUUGGUUCAACGCCUACCAAGGGGAGCACAAUGAGACAUUGGCUCCGUUCCAGAUUCGCCGCGGAGAUAUCCUUGUUCACUUUGCUGGUGUACCGAACCGCGAAGAGCGUAUGGGCUAUUGGUUGGACCGCGCAGAGCAGCACUUGGAUGAUUGGGAAGUUCCCGUCAAGUCCACCAGUUAUAUGCAGGAGGUCAAGGACUUUUGG